CUACCCAGCAGCCGCUUGCCUUCCUAUUGCGCAUCAUAUCUUUUGCCGCUUACCGCUUGUUAAGGCCGGAACUGCGAAAGAACAACAAUCACAAAGGUUUCAACGGCCCUUCGCCGAGUGCUACCCCGCGCCUUUAUUGUCUAUCUCUAUCAAGCAGUACAGUCAGUGGGGAGCUCCCGUAAGAGCACGGGGCUGGUUCGAAAAGGCAUUUCGCAACCUAAUAACUCGAGGAGCGCAGCGUGCCGCUUGCACAAAUGGCAGCAGUUAAUAACGGUGCAGUUCCAGGGAAUGGUGCCAACCCACUGUAUGGGGCCGAGCUUCAAGGAGACGGUGUGAAGUCUACCCCACAGGCAAAUGCCGCGCCCGCCAACGUCAAUGGCUCUGUCUCCAGCGCGGGCCAGAGCAAGUCGGCCGCUACCACGCGCUCGACCCUGCACGCCAAGCUAGGCGGCGCAGCGGCUGUGGCAGCAACGGUGGAUGUGUUCUACAAGAAGCUCAUGAACGACCCAGACCUGGAGCCGUUCUUCCGGGGAGUGGACAUGGUAACGCUCAUCGCCAAGCAGAACCGCUUCCUUGCGUACGCCUUCGGGGCCACCACGCACUACCACGGCAAAGACAUCGUGAUGGGCCACGCCCACCUCAUCAUCAACCGGGGGCUCAAUCUGACGCACUUCGACAAGGUGGCAGGGCAUUUUGUGGACUCGCUGAAGGAGAUGGGCGUGGGACAGGAGCUGAUUGACGAGGCGGCGGGCGUGCUCAUCGGCGUGCGGCCACUGUUCGACCCGGAGCGAUACAAGGGCAAGGUGGAUGUGGAGAAGAUCGAGAAGGCGGCCACCACGCCGCAGUCCAAGCCCGCAGAGGCGGGGCAGGACGCGCCAGCGUGCUGCACAAUCAUGUAACUCACCGGGGCGGAAAUCAACGCGGGCCCGCCGCUGGGAUGAGGCGUUUGCGCCACGAUGUUGCUUCUGGUGGCUAGCGCAGAUGGAAGGUGCGCGCCUGCGCGGGCAAAGGGCGUGCGUGCGUGCUAACGCGUGCGGCGAUCACGGUGUCAGGCAGCCUGCGUCGCGCGUUGGAGGCAGCCCUGGGGGGCGGGCUCAGAGCAGCCUGUGUAGCCGGCAGCGAUUGGGCGAACGAAUGUAUCGGAGUGGCUUUGGGUGCUGGCGUGAUGGUGGCGGUGGGGGCUGGAGGCAUGUGGUGUAGUGGGGCAUUCAAAGGGGGGGGGCCCUUAUGGCGGCUGUGGCCCAGUACCAUUGCUGGGGCGUGGCCUCGUGGCGGGCGGACAAAAAAAUCCCACACCAUGCAGAUGUGUGGCUGUUUGUCCGGGUCGCACAGGCCUCGUGUGCAUGUGUGUCUGUGAGUAUGGAAAGGGCUGGAAUGGGGCAGGUGUGCACUUGUGACGUCAGCGGCCGUGUGCCGGCUGGGCACACGGGUGGGCGGGCCUGGAGGUCCCGCCCGCCCUCGAUGCCGCGACUCCAGGAAUCCUUUGGGCGCGUGGCUGAUGCUGCAUAUGAUGCAAACUUGUUAUGCACAGCUUUCAGGACACUUAACGCAACAUGCAUGAUUGGGCACUGCUAAGGGUUGGGGGCACGCUUGACUAAGCGCAUUUAGAUUCAUGGCAAAUUGGCAACACGGCAGCUGAGGCGGGCUGUGCCGUUUGGCGUGCAUCUUGCGAAAUUGGAUGUUCUUCUGCGUCGGCGGUUUGAAGCGCACUGCUGGCUGAAUCGAUGUGGAGGCGGCGAUCGCAACCCGAAGCAGGCAGCUUCCGGGAGGGUGUUAUGCAGCGGCGUUGCGCCGGGUUGAGGCACAUGCUGGCUUGUGAGGGCGUGGAGGGCAGCACGGUACGCACCGCGUCCGUGUGCGUCAUGUGCGUGUGUUAGUUGUGUGGCAGGCGUGCAUAUGUACACGUUUCGUAAUAAGAUAUCGCACUUCCCAGGACGCUGCUUCGUGGACGAGUUGCGGCAGCGGGCGGGUGGGCGAUGAGUGUAUGAGUGUGAUGUAUGUUAGAGGGCCCGGGCCUCAUACUCACUGUGUCCGCGCUUGCAUUUAUGUUCGUCUGUGCUGCAGUGACAGAUCAUUUGCAUCAUAUAAGUACUGAACAUGAGAUGAGGGCAUUUGGCAUACGGUUGCACGGAUACAUGAUGCGGUGCUGCGAGGCUGAGGCCACGGGGAGAGCUGAGUGUUGUGGGCCAUUUAGCUGGCAAGGCAGAGUCCCCAUGUGCGCUAACGGUCGUCACACGGCACGAGCAACGUGCAGGUUCUCACGCACAUGUAGAGACGUUGGUAGUUAGUUUGCGUGGGGGCCUGAAGGGCUGCACCGAUGGACUGGAUUGGAAGGUGCAGACAGCUUUCUACUUUGUAAGGCGUUUACUCU